AUGGCUGUUAAGCCCGAAGAAAAUACACCUCUUUCAGAAGUUCAAGGAGAAAUAGAUUCCAAUUGGGAUGAAGUUGUUGAUAAUUUUGACAAUAUGGACCUGAAACCGGAACUGUUGAGAGGUAUUUAUGCUUAUGGUUUUGAACGUCCCUCUGCUAUUCAACAAAGAGCUAUUUUACCAGUUAUUAAAGAUCAUGAUGUAAUUGCACAAGCACAAUCUGGGACGGGGAAAACAGCAACUUUUUCAAUUUCCGUAUUACAAAAAAUAGAUAUUAGUUUAAAGCAAUGUCAGGCACUUAUUCUUGCACCUACUCGUGAGCUUGCACAGCAGAUUCAAAAAGUAGUUAUUGCUAUAGGAGACUUUUUACAAGUAGAGUGUCAUGCUUGUAUUGGAGGAACAAAUAUAAAGGAUGACAUGCAAAUACUUCAGUCUGGAGUACAUGUUGUUGUCGGAACUCCAGGAAGAGUUCAUGAUAUGAUUCAACGUAGAGCUUUAAGAACUGAUUCUAUAAAAAUUUUUGUUAUGGAUGAAGCAGACGAAAUGCUUUCAAGAGGUUUCAAGGAUCAAAUGUAUGAUAUUUUUCAACUUUUGCCACAGUCGACACAAGUCGUCCUUUUAUCAGCUACAAUGCCUCAAGAUGUACUUGAAGUUACUACAAAAUUUAUGCGUGAUCCAAUUCGUAUUCUUGUUAAAAAGGAUGAACUUACAUUGGAAGGUAUUAAACAAUUUUAUAUAGCAGUUGAAAGAGAGGAUUGGAAACUAGACACUUUAUGUGAUUUAUAUGAAACAGUUACAAUCACACAGGCUGUUAUCUUUUGCAAUACUAGAAGAAAAGUAGACUGGCUAACUGAAAAACUUACUUCACGUGAUUUUACAGUAUCUGCUAUGCAUGGAGACAUGCAACAAUCUGAACGAGAAAUUCUUAUGAAGGAAUUCCGAAGUGGCUCCUCUCGUAUUUUGAUUGCUACAGAUCUUCUUGCUAGAGGAAUUGAUGUCCAGCAAAUUUCAUUGGUCAUUAAUUAUGAUUUACCGUCCAACCGUGAAAACUAUAUUCAUAGAAUCGGACGAGGUGGAAGAUUUGGUCGUAAAGGUGUAGCUAUUAAUUUUGUUACAUCUGAAGAUGUAAGAAUGAUGCGAGAUAUUGAACAAUUUUAUAGUACACAGAUCGAGGAAAUGCCCAUGAAUGUUGCGGAUUUAAUCUAA